CCGUGGUAUGUGUGAACGCUCAUCGUGCUCAGAAUUAGUGAGAUGAAAUGAUGCAGACACUCACAACACACUCGCUCAUAAAGUUAUUCUGCAAUUACACGCGCUUGUGUGUGUGCAUAUGUAUCACACUGACAUUAACAUUUUUCCCCAGCAAGCAUGGUUUAAUGAAACUCACUAAUAGCACUGGGACUUUAUCAUGCAACACACACACACACACAGUAGGAUCAUCAUUCUGUCACUGCUGCUGCUGCUGCUGCUGCUGCUGUGGAACUGUUCCAUUAGCAGCCUGGAGGCUGACUUAUGGCCAUCCACACAUCACAUUACAGUCCACCUGUAAUGUGCUGCUGAGCUAGGAAAUAUUCAAUUGAAGGAGAGAACAUCUCAUAUUUUUUUGGGGGGUGUAGCAUGGCUUGUUUUGCAGUACAGGGGGAGUAAUCCAACACAGAUCCACAGGGAGAAAAUCAAGAUAAUACUGUAUUUAAUGGGACUGCAUGCAGAAUAUAUUUUGGCACAUGCUGCAACAUUUAGAUUUAAAAUUGAGAGAGAGAAAAAAUGCUAGUUUGACAUAAGGAGGUGAAACAUGGAUAUACAGUGAACUUAAGUGGAAAGUUUGCUCCAUGAUACAAUUGAAAGAAUAAAUGUCCUAAAAGACUGCAUGGAGACAUCUCUCGCUCUCUCUCGCUCUCUCUCUCUCUCUCCCUUUGCCUGAAAAACGUAGACAUGCGCGCUGACUGGGGGGAGGAGGGGGUGACACCAACUGUCUGCCUCUCGUGUUUUUGCGUUGACUCCGUGAUCUUUCAAAUAUGUUGCGGAACUCUCCCUUUAUAAGCUUCUGUUUUUGUGGAAAAGGGCAAAAGUGAGAGGGGAUUCUCUUCAUUGACAUGGGGCAACAGGAAUAAUAUUUGAUACUUUUUGUUUUUGUUUUUGUUCGCCCUUUUUGAAGCUUCAUAGUUUUCAUCUGUUUUCAUACUUAUUAGAUUUUUCGAAUAACCGAUCGCCCCCGCCGCCAACCUGAAGUUCAUUGUUAUUAUCCUGGCCGCCGGAAUGGUGGCCUUCAUCGGAGCCGUUAUCUGCAUCAUCGCGGCGGUCCACACCGGGUCCUCCAGGGCUGCCGCAGCACAACAACAACCCGCAACCGACAACCACUCGCUGUACCCGGACGUGGUGGCGCAGACCCCCGCUUCCGGAGGCUCCGUGGCCAGGGCCGGAUCUCUGGGAGCUCUCCAUGGUUCUGAAACCCCCGAUUCAGCGGCAUCGGCGUUCAACCUCGGGCUCGGCGGGUUGGAUGGAGUCACCGGACUCACCGGGCACGACCCGACGGUCAGCAGACUCAUCUGCACUCCGAUUCCCGCCGGGGAGUGCAACCCGAGAAACUUUAAGCAACAAGCGGACGACCCGUCGCUGUACGCGGGCGAGGACUGGGGUUAUCUCCGCACCACCGCGGAUGAUCUCCGGCAGACCGUGCUGCAGCAAAGAAAACAAAUACUGACCGACCAGCGCACCAUCGGAGAGCUGACGGGGAAACUGUCCGAGUGUGAGAAGGUGCUGGACGGCAAGAAUAGGGGAGCGGACAGUCGCGGUGCGGGACUGCGGGCUGCUCAUGGCACCGCGGAGGAGACUCGCCUGGAGCGCGUCAUGGUGCGGGACAGCCCGGCGUCUGCGCCCGACAGCGGCCACCUGCUCACCGCCCGAGCUGUGGAUGAACUGGAGCAGGCGAUCACUCAGCUCAAAGACCGCAUAGAGAAACUGGAGUCAGACAUCGGCCCAUUUCCUCACAACCAGACGGACGGAAGCUCCCCGGCAGGGCCACUGGAAAGUGGGAUUUCUGGUGGCCCAGAAAGGUUGGCUGACCGCGGACACAAAGCCGCUACUGACGAUCCCUGGAGAAUGGAAGACUUGGAGGGGGAGCUGGAGAGGAAAGUGGAGCUCCUCGAAAAGGAGAGGAAAGCCCUCAGGCUGGAAACUGAGAAACACAGACAGGAAAUAGACCAUGGCAUCAGCAAACUACACCAUCGCAUCUCAGGACUGGAGGAAGGCAGUCCUGGCCAUUCCUUCCCAGAAGGCUACAGACUGUCCUUCCCAACGCGGACGAACUACAUGUACGCCGUGGUGAAACACUCGCUCCCAAAGCUGCGGGCCUUCACCCUCUGCCUGUGGCUGCGGCCCACAGAGGGCGGCAUCGGGACGCCGCUGUCUUACGCCGUUCCCGAACAGCCAAAUGAACUGGUGCUGCUGCAAGGCCUGCACACGCCCACCGAGAUGCUCAUCAAUGACAAGGUUGCACAGUUACCUCUGAACCUGACGAGAGGCAGCUGGCAGCACAUCUGUGUGAGCUGGAGCCAGAAGGGAGGAGCCUGGCAAGCCUAUCAGGGGGGAAAGCUGAGGGGCGAGGGCCACGCACUGGCAGCUGGACACCACAUCAGACCUGGGGGAGAGCUCCUGCUGGGACAGGAGCAGGAUUCCCUGGGUGGAGGCUUUGACUCAUCUCAGGCCUUGGUCGGAGAAUUGUCUCAGGUGGGUCUCUGGGACCGGGUCCUGUCCUCUAGUCAGGUGGCCAGUUUGUCUCGCUGCGGCAGAGUAACCCAGGGCAAUGUGGUCCCCUGGACUGAGAACGGAGUUAAGGUCUAUGGAGCCACCAAGCACCCGGGCGAGCCGUGUAGUAAACACAGCAGGAGCUCUCAGUGACCGACAGUGGGAGGCUUUGAGGAGAGAGUAGGUUAAGAGAGGGGCGGAGAUGAGGGGUACAUUUAAAUUCCGUCUCCCCAUAUUCAUAGAUCCGCUAAUGGAUGUUCACAUUAACUCUAUGUGGCAUGAACUGAAGUCUGUACAUAAAUGAAAAUGAAUGGCAUAUAUUUAUAUGAUCGAGCUUUGCACUUAUAUUCUGUCAUGGUGUUUUCGAUGGAGAAUUGUGCAAUAUAACAGGAGGCUAAAGACGGAUGAAGCAUUGACUUGGUGAAGUGAAAAUGUUGAGGCGUCCACUCAAUUAAAUAUGGAUCUACCAUCAGUUUAACUUUAAAAGAGUAAAAACAGAUGAUAAAACGUGUACAAAGCUACUUAUUGUAAAAAUUUGUUUGACUUGUUUUAUCAAAUCUGCACUAAAACCAACCAGUAAAUCCAGAAGAUCAUCAGUUUGUGCCAAACAAUUUCCUAGCUUGGACAAAUUACCAGACAACCAGCAGAGACGUAAGGAAGUUUCUGGUCCAUGAAUCGUCGCAAAGUGCAGGACUCGUGUUUUCCCACUUGUGUUUUUGUAAAUAUUAACCAAACAAGAUAUAGCAUGUUUACGUGUGAGCCGUAGAUGUGCUUAUGGAUUGUUUUCAGCCUUUACACCAAGUUUCCCCUCAGCUGGCAGCGGUGGCAUCAUAUAUACUUAUAUACUUUACUUUAAUUAUACUAUAUAUAAUUAAAGUAACUUGAGAAAUGGUCAUUUAACAGUCCAAGUCUUGGAGUUAAUGGUCUUUUCCAGCGGUUGAAGCCUGUGAGCUGUCGAUGUCUUCCACAGCUAAGAGAGGUUGCAUUAAGCCAGCAGAAAUCCUCCGGUGUAGAAAGGUCAGACUGGAGUUAAUUCGGGGCUGUGGCAGCUUAAGAGUUUGGGAGUCAAGGUAAGGUGAUGAAAAAAGAGAGGGAAUAUAAAGUAGGACUAAAGGAGGACUGCAGUGAGGAGUAGAUGAUGAAAGAGGAGGAAAGAGCAGCGACUUGGGAAAAGACGGAUGGAUCAGGUACUCGUUCAGAGUGAGGCUACUUUGUUUUCACCUCUGCAUGAUGUGUUAUUUUAUGCGUAAUAUUUUGCCACUGCAAGGUUCUGCUCCCGAGUGUCACGAAAAGAGGAGAGCGCCUGUUGAAUCCAUGCUCGGGUUUGCUGUUUUACUGAUUCCCAAUGAAAGCCUGAGGGUCUCUUAUGUUCUCUAGACAGGUUAUUGGACUCAUUUACAGCAAGGCGACUAAUUCCUUUAGCAAAGCAGCUCCACGAACAGAUUGAUUGUGCAUCCACACUUUGCUUAUCAAGCUUGUGUCCCUUUUUUACAAUAUAUAGAUAUAUCUCAUUCGAUAUUUAAAAGUAAACAAGAAAAUGUUUGGCUUGCAACCCUGUCUCUAAAUUCCUUAGUGAAUUAAACAUUUUUUUUAGAGGUUUGACAAAAACAUUUGAAAACUCUAAUGCAGGAAAUGUAUUCUAUAUUAUGUGCUAAAUCCAAUCAAAAUCCUCCUGUUGUGCUUCGAUGCCUCACAGUCUGCGGUGUUAUGGUCAAUAAUAUGCCUGGUGUCUGCUGAGCUCGUACCAGAGGUUUUUGAUGGUGGCGUAGCAUUUUUAUGUUUAUGGUUACUGAAACGGUAAAAACGAUGCUUUCAACACUAUCUGUCUUUUCUUACAUGAUUGUUCUUUCUUUUUUACUGUAUGCACUGUAUGCUCUGUCUAUUUUCAAUCCUAUUGUUUGUAUACCUAUACUGUAUGUCCCUUUCUUGUAUGGUGUUCUAUUGUUCUGAAUAUGUGUUGUGUAAAAAAAACAAACCCUCAUAUCUUUAUUAAAGUCCUAAUUUUUAGAUGUAAA